AUCACAAAUUCGAUUUUUCAUCUCUCUUCUUCCUCUCCCUCCUCUCGCAAACCACGCUUCUUCUGCUUCCUUUCUCUCCGUUCAUCUUCUUCCUCUCCGGUGACGUUCGUGAAUGGUGGAACCUACUCCGAUCGGUGAUAAUAAUCUUAUGCACAUCCCUUCAUCUUCAGACUCUGUUUUCGCUUUCGGAUCUUGCAAAGAAGGCUGGUACUACCGUUGCCUCGGCCUCGACCCCGUGAAAGAAGAUGUUGAUGUACAACAAGCAGAAGAAGAAGAAGAGAGAGACGGUUACUAUUAAGGGGAACCGGAUCUUAAUCAGCGUCGCGUUUCUCGGUAGCGCCGGUCCGAUCCGGUUCGUGGCUUACGAAGGAGACCUCGUCGCUAAUGUGAUCGACACUGCUCUUAAAUGUUACGCUCGGGAAGGUCGGCUUCCGGUUCUUGGAUCCGACUUUAACGAUUUUCUUUUCUAUUGCCCCAUGGUUGGACCUGAAGCUUUGAGUCCAUGGGAAGCGAUUGGGUCGUUGGGAGCGAGGAACUUUAUGCUGUGUGAGAAACCAGAGGAGGAGGAGAAGAAGAAGGUUGAGGAAGAAGACAGUGGAAGAUCGAGUUUCCCCAUUAAUGGGGCUAGGAAAAGAAGCUUUAGGGCUUGGAUUAACAAAUCUUUCAGUCUUAAAGUCACUACUCAUUAGACUUUGUGUUGUCUUAAUGUAACCUUGAAUGUUCGAGAUUAUUGGGUUUGUGUCUUUUUCUUGUUCUUUUUUUAUUUCUUGUUUUUGAAAUAAUGAUUUGUUUCUAGCUAAUGUUCAAAUUGAAACAUGCGUCUUUGUAAUAAAUUUACAAGUUCUCGUU